UCCCUACGGGCAAAAAAAUAGUGUUGCGACAACACCUCAUCUCCAGUUUCCAAUCUGGAGGAAAGAAAAAAUGUUCUCAAUACUGAAGCACAGUUAACCUGUUUUGGGUUUUAAAUUUCUGAUAUUCACGAAAUCUCCGCUGGGAGUUUCUGAGUAGUGGUCAUGGGGGUGCACGGACUCUGGAGGCUGCUUGAGAGCACCGGGAAACCCAUCAACCCCGAGACCCUGGAAGGGAAGAUCCUUGCUGUUGACAUCAGUAUAUGGCUGAACCAGGCAGUGAAGGGAGUGAGAGACCGGGAUGGAAACAGCGUGCAGAACGCCCACCUCCUCACUCUCUUCCACCGGGUCUGCAAGCUGCUGUUCUUCCGCAUCAGGCCGGUGUUUGUGUUUGAUGGGGACGCCCCGCUGCUGAAGAAGCAGACUCUUGCUCUGAGGAGGCAGAGGAAAGAGGAGUUGAGUCGGGAGUCCAAACAGACCAAUGAGAAACUCCUCAAGACAUUCUUGAAGAGACAAGCUAUUAAAGCUGCACUUGGAGACCACAGUAAGGACCCUCUCCCCAGCCUCUCCAGUGUGAGGCGAGAUGAGGUGGACGACAUGUACAUUCUGCCGGCGCUGCCAGAGGCAGAUGAAAAGGACAAAAGCAGUUCAGAAGAGGAGGAAGAAGAGGAGAACGAGUCGGGGGAGCCAGAAGAUAACUUUCAAAUGUAUCAGGGAGAAUUGUAUCAAGAUCCCAACUCGGUGGAUAUCAACUCUGAGGAGUUUUCCUGCCUGCCUCCUGAAAUGAAACACGAGAUACUCAAAGAGAUGAAAGAGUUUUCCAAGAGACGCCGGACCAUGUACCACAAACCUCCUGAGCGUUCUGGAGACUUCUCGCAGUACCAGCUUGCAGGCCUGCUGCAGAGGAAUAAGCUAAACCAGCGUCUGGUUGGAGUGGAGAAAGAGAUGAGACAGCAGAGUGCUGGCAGUGCUCCACAGCUCUACAAUGAGGACGGGGACACACAAAGUCACAACGUAGAGUCUCAGAGACUGGUCUCUGAAGACCAUUCCCAUUACAUCCUUAUUAAAGGCUCUAAAAAGAAUGAGACCGUCCCUGAGAGCCGACCUGCAGCUGACCCCUGGUCUGGGAGCUCUCUGUCAGGCUGGAAAAGACCAGUAGUGGGCAGACCAGAGCCUCUGUGGCGUCCUGCUGGUGAGGAAGAGGGGAAAGUCCAAGUUCCCUCCUCAACGGAGGUCAAACCCUCUGUCUCAAAACCUUCUGAGGAGGACACGUCACCACCCUCACCUCGCACGCUGGAGGCUAUCCAGUCUGCGAUCUACACUAGCUCAGAUGAGGAGAAGACGGAGCGGGAUAAAGGGGACGCAAAUUUGUCUCCACGUACCCUGCUGGCCAUCCAAGAAGCUCUAUCUGAGGAUGAUGCUCCUACCAAACACAGGACUCUAAUCAGCAGUGCGUCCACCAAGCGGCAGGUAGAGCUUAAAGUUCCUGUGGUCAUCAGCAGCUCAGACGAAGAGAUGGAACAAGACAAAGUGAAGUCUCCAUCUCUAGAAACAUCGGAUUAUGUAGGGAGCACAGCAGGCCAAAGUUCACAUGUGCAGGAUAGUUUGUUUGUGGGCAGUUAUGAAGAUGAGAUUGAGGAAGUGAUUGGUCAGAGAAAUAAAGCACUCCGCGGUGCAGUGCUGCAACAACCAAAGGAGAAGGCAGGAGAGGAUGCAAAGAAAGGAGAGUUGACAGAGGAUACAAGGACAGGAAGUAGAGGAGAGACAGAGAAGAAAGAAGAAGAGCUGGAGAGAAGAGAAUCAGAGCAUGCAUUGAUCAGACAGAACAGAGAUUUGCUUCGACCACAGGCUGCUGCUACAUCAAAUCAGAAAAAAUUACCCAUCAGUCCCUCUGCUCAGAUAAGGGAAAAGCCUUGUGUUACAGAGACUAUGAUACUCCUGAUGAUAAGAAGAAGAAGAAGAAGAAGAGAGGAGGAGGAGGAGGAGGAGAGUCGGGCUGAAGAGGAAGAGCUGAAGGAUGAAAAAGAGACAGAGUCGAACUCAACUCCAGCCGUCAAUGAGUGGGAACAUUUCGAUGUGGCUGAGCUGGAGGCAAUGGAGAGCUCUCUGGAGGUGGAGCAGAACAACCUGAGGGAGCGGAAACAGCAGCAGGAGAGGAUGGCUAACACUGUCACUGGACAGAUGUACCUGGAGAGUCAGGAGCUGCUGCGGCUGUUCGGCAUCCCGUUCCUGGUGGCUCCGAUGGAGGCGGAGGCUCAGUGUGCCGCGCUCGACCGCGCCGACCACACAAACGGCACCAUCACAGACGACUCUGAUGUGUGGCUGUUUGGAGGACGACACGUCUACAAGAACUUCUUCAGCCAGAACAAAUAUGUCGAACACUUCCAAUUCAGCGACAUGCAGAACCAGCUGGGUCUGGACAGAACUAAACUGAUCAACUUGGCUUAUCUGCUGGGGAGUGACUACACCGAGGGCAUUCCUGGUGUGGGAUAUGUGACCGGCAUGGAGAUACUAAAUGAGUUUCCUGGGCCCGGCCUUGAGCCGCUCAUACAGUUCAGUAACUGGUGGUCCGAGGCUCAGGAGAAAAAGCGUCUGGUUUCUAAUCCUCGGGACACGAAGGUUAAGAAGAAGUUGAGAGCUCUCAAACUGCAGACGGGGUUUCCCAGCCCUGCAGUGGCUCAGGCUUACCUCCAGCCUGCUGUGGACCAGUCAGACAGCUCCUUCAGCUGGGGACGCCCACAACUCGACAUGAUCAAAGAGUUCUGUCUGAGUCGUUUUGGUUGGAGCAGUCGAAAGACCGAGGAGACUCUUCAGCCUGUAAUCAAGCAGCUCCAGAGCCAGCAGACUCAGUUGCGGAUCGACUCAUUCUUCCGCAUGGAGCAACAGGAGAAGCAGACGAUCCGCAGUCAGCGUCUCCGUCGAGCCGUCACCUGCAUGAAGAGGAAGAAGAAAGAAGGAGGAGAGGAGGACGAGGAGGACAGUGAGGAGGAAACGCUUUCACCAUCCAAAUCCAAGAAGGGAAGGACAGCAAGUGAGAGUCCGAUGAAAGGAGCAGGAGUAGAGAGGGGUGAGGAGAAGAGGCCUGCAGCAGCAGCGGGAGGAGGAUUUCUGGGGUCAGAAGUACGUGUUGAACCUUCUGUUACAUCUCAGAAGGAAGUAAGCUGCAGCAUCCAGGAGUCCCUCUCAGUCAAAGCCCCUCAGUCUAGUAAGACUCCAACACAGAGGGCCAGUAGGAGGAGCAGCAGCUCCAGCGAGGACAGCGAUGAUGGCGGUGAUGAAGUUGCUAUGGUUACAGCCCGGUCGGUGUUCGACGGCAGCAGACGAGGCCGAGGGGGAAAAAAUACAAGGGGAAGGGGAAAUAUGAGAGGAAAAGGCAGGGGGAGGAAGACAAAAGAAAAAAACUGAACUUCACACUGUCAUACAAAAAGUUCUUUGAUAUUUCAUUUGAUAUGUAAAUGUGAAUAUGUCAAUGAAUCAUGAGGUCAUUUGUACUGAUGAAUUGAGCUUUUCUAUUAAUGUGACUGAUGAUAUUUGGACAAAGACUGAAGAUAUUUUGCAUUAAAUGUGUCCCGCUGUGACGUUGAA